UUCUUUGCUUGGAAAUCAUUUUCUCCUAUCUUUUCUUGCUCAAAGAGAUUGAGAACUAUAAUGGGUUCUUGUAAAUUGUCCGUGUUUGGUUUUCUUUCCUUGAUCAUUAUCUUGUUGACGGUUUCUGGAGAAGAAAAUGACCAGCUCCUACUUGCUAAGGAAAGAGUUUCUUUGCUUUCUUUCAAAUCGGGUAUCACAUUAGACCGUGAAGGAGCUCUUGAAAGCUGGAACUCUUCAAAUAUUCAUGUUUGCAAUUGGACAAGAGUCGAGUGCAACAAUGCUAGCAAUCAUAUAGUUAAGCUUGAUCUUAGUGACCUUUCACUUAGAGGCAGGAUUUCUCCAGCUCUUGCUCAUCUUUCUUCUUUGGUGAUUCUUGAUUUGUCGAGCAACUUCUUUGAAGGCCAUAUUCCAGCAGAGUUGGGGUAUCUUUCCCAACUGAAACAACUCAGUUUGUCAUGGAAUCUUCUUGAAGGAAAGAUCCCUUCUGAGUUGGGUUUUCUUCACCAACUAGUAUACCUUGAUUUGGCAAGUAACAGGCUUGGUGGCAACAUUCCUGAACAAAUUUUUUGCAAUUGGUCCUCUUCUUUGGAGUAUAUAGACCUUUCCAACAAUUCUUUAAGUGGCGAAAUCCCUUUGAAGGAUGAAUUUGCGCUUAGAGAAUUAAGAUUUCUUUUGAUUUGGUCAAAUAGGCUAGUAGGUCAUGUUCCUCAAGCUCUUUCCAACUCCUCAAAACUAAAAUGGCUCGAUUUGGAAUCAAAUAUGCUAAAUGGGGAAUUGCCAUCCGAGAUUGUUCGUAAAAUGCCACAGUUACAGUUCCUCUAUUUGUCUUAUAAUGACUUUGGUAGCCAUGAUGGUAACACCAAUCUUGAACCUUUUUUAGCUUCUUUAGUAAAUUCCUCUUACUUGCAAGAACUUGAAUUAGCAGGAAAUAACCUUGGUGGACAGAUACCUCCUAUUAUUGGUGAUCUUCCUAUCAAACUUGUACAGAUUCAUCUAUCUGAGAAUCAUCUCUAUGGCCCUAUACCCCCUCACAUUUCAAACCUUGUUAACCUCACCCUCUUGAACUUGUCUAGUAACCUUUUGAAUGAUACCAUCCCUCCUGAACUGUGUCGCAUGGGAAAACUAGAGAGAGUUUAUUUGUCAAAUAAUUCACUGUACGGUGAAAUUCCUGCUGCUCUUGGUGGCAUAUCCCAUCUGGGCCUUCUUGAUCUAUCCAAAAACAAGCUUUCAGGUUCUAUUCCAGACAGUUUUGCUAAUCUUUCCCAGUUGCGAAGACUCUUGCUUUAUGAAAAUCAACUUUCAGGAUCCAUACCACCAAGCCUGGGAAAAUGCAUCAAUUUGGAGAUUCUAGACCUUUCUCACAACAAAAUUUCUGGAAUAAUUCCAAGUGCAGUUGCAGCACUGAGAAGCUUGAAGUUGUACUUGAAUUUGUCUAGCAAUCACUUACAGGGUCCUUUACCUCUAGAGCUGAGUAAAAUGGAUAUGGUGCUAGCAAUUGAUCUUUCUUCAAACAAUCUCUCAGGCACCAUUCCAACACAGCUUGGAAGUUGUAUUGCACUAGAGCACCUUAACCUUUCGGGCAAUAUAUUAGAAGGUCCUCUUCCUGCUUCAAUAGGGCAGUUACCUUAUCUUAAGCAACUGGAUGUUUCUUCAAACCAAUUGAGUGGUGAAAUACCACCGUCUCUGGAGGCAUCACCAAUUCUGAAGCAACUCAACUUCUCCUUCAACAAGUUCUCUGGGAAUGUUUCUAACGGCGGCGCAUUUUCUUCGUUGACAAUAGAAUCCUUCCUAGGCAAUAAAGGCCUUUGUGGGACAAUAAAAGGCAUGUCAAAAUGUCGAAAGAAGCGUGCCUAUAGUUCCUUUAUUUUGCCCAUACUCUUAUCACUGUUUGCCACUCCCUUCUUGUGUAUGUUCCUGUUACUUAGGUCAAGAUUCAGAAGACAAUUGACGAUGUUCGAUCAAGGAGACUUGGAAAAUGAGGAGAAAGAAACUAAAGAGCUCCAGUACCCAAGAAUCUCAUAUCAGCAACUCAUUGAAGCUACUGGUGGGUUUAGUGCUUCAAGCCUGAUUGGUUCAGGCCGGUUUGGUCAUGUCUACAAAGGAGUUCUUGAAGACAAUACAAGAAUAGCUGUGAAGGUAUUGGAUUCAAGGACAGCCAGGGAACUUUCAGGGAGCUUCAAAAGAGAAUGUCAAGUACUAAGGAGGGCAAGGCAUAGAAAUUUGAUAAGAAUCAUCACAAUAUGCAGCAAACCAGACUUCAAGGCUCUUGUCCUUCCUCUAAUGUCAAAUGGAAGCCUUGAGAGGUAUCUAUACCCAAGCCAUGGAUUAAAACCUGGCUUGGAUUUGAUUCAGUUGGUGAGCAUCUGUAGCGAUGUGGCCGAAGGGGUGGCCUAUUUGCACCAUUAUUCCCCUGUUAGAGUCGUGCACUGCGACCUGAAACCAAGCAAUAUUCUCCUAGAUGACGAUAUGACUGCUCUGGUUACAGAUUUCGGAAUUGCAAGAUUGGUUAAAGGCAUUGAUGAGAAUACUACAACAAAUGAUUCAGUGUCCUUUAGCUCAACAGAUGGCUUGUUGUGUGGAUCAGUUGGCUAUAUAGCUCCUGAAUAUGGAAUGGGCAAGCAAGCUUCAACACAGGGGGAUGUUUACAGUUUUGGAGUCCUCCUUUUAGAAAUCAUAGCAGGAAAACGUCCCACAGAUGUUCUCUUUCAUGAAGGUUCAAGCUUGCAUGAGUGGGUGAAGAGUCACUACCCACGAAAGCUUGACCUGAUUGUUGAAGAAGCAAAGCUUAGGAUUGCUCCAUCUGCCAUGCCAGCUUACUGUAACAAAAUAUGGAAUGAUGUUAUUGUGGAAUUGAUUGAGCUUGGUCUUAUGUGCACACAAUACAAUCCUUCAACAAGACCAACCAUGUUAGAUGUUUCCUAUGAAAUGGGUAGGCUAAAGCAGUAUCUUUCUAACCCACCAUCUCUGCUUAUUGAAGAGGAAGAAGAAGAAGAUGCAUCUUCUAAGUUUGGUGAUUCAUGGAAGUAAUUAACUUGAUGAAAUUUCAGGAAUUUUUGUAACCAUCAUUAUAUUCAUUUUGUUUUAUUGAUUUUCUGAUGGCUACUUAGC